AUGUUAUUAGUCGCAACAUUUCUUGUUGUUUUUGCUGCCAGUACCUAUGGGCAACAUCAAUUGACAAUUCGUGACAAUGGGAAAUUGUGUUCUUCAUGGAUACCAGUAACUGGUGGACAAAUGUCAUUCUCAUACACACCUAAUCAAGAAUGCGCCGGACAAGUAGGCAUUGAGCAAAGCAACAAUCAAGCUCGUCUCUGUUGUCAAGCAAUGGCUACAACUACAUCAUCGUCCAUCUUUCCAAAGGAAUGUGGUAAACAAAAAUUUCAACCAUCAAAACAACGUAUAGUCGGAGGAGUACAUGCAGUUCCAAACUCAUGGCCAUGGCAAGUACGUUUACAUGCUGAUGGUGGUCUCUGUGGUGGAACUCUUAUUGAUACAAGACAUGUUGUGACAGCAGCUCAUUGUCUUAGAACACCAAUUGUUACACAAAAGUAUGAAGUCAUUAUCGGUUUACACGAUAUCAAUCAACCAGUCUAUGGUGAGCAGAAAAUUGCAGCAGAACGAAUCUUUAUGCAUGAACAGUACAAUGCACAAACACAUGAAAAUGAUGUUGCUAUUAUUCGUCUUUCAAAACCAGUGACAAUUUCAGACAAGAUCAAUGUUAUCUGUUUACCAGGUGCCGAAGCCCGCAGUGAAAAUGACACAGUUUGGGUUGCUGGCUGGGGUACAACAUCGUUUCAAGGUCAAACAAGUCCAGUUUUGAAACAAACCUCGUUACACACAAUGCCAAAUCGUUGUGGACAAAUCUAUGGUACUUAUAAUAAUCAAAAACAAGUAUGUGCCGGUGCUCAUGGUGGCGGCCGUGACACAUGUCAAGGUGAUUCAGGAGGACCAUUAAUGUACGAAUCAAACGGACAAUGGUUUUUGAAUGGUAUUGUCAGUUAUGGUCGUGAAUGUGCUCUUGCCGGAUAUCCUGGCGUCUAUGCUCGUGUUAGUUAUUAUCUUCCAUGGAUCAAGAGUAAAUUGAGUGCUGCUUAA